GGUCUUGAAUCAGGAAGUAACGUGUUUAAAACCCUCUUCUGGAUAUUUGAAACACACAACAAUGGGAUGAGCGUAGAACAUCUGUACUUAAAAUGAAGCAUUUUGCACUGUGCCUUUUACUUUAUGCCAUCGCUGGCUGUUUAGCUGACGACGUCACUUACUUGAACGCGUUUUACUCUAAAACGUCUCAGAAGUUGUCCAAAUACAGCUGGUUCGGCAAUGUUCGGCUACAUCACUUCAGAGUCCCGGAGGACACGGUGCUCGUGCGGUGGCUGCUCACGGCCACGCGGGCAUCCGUGAUGAACUGCGGCGACCAAAACAUCACUGUGCACUUUAGGGCAGGAGCGCCACCAGUCAUUAACCCCAUUAACACAGAGUUCCCGAACUCCACGUCUGUCACUUUUGCUCAAAAUAUAACAAUAAACAUUCCAAGUGGACAGAGCAGUAAUGUAACACUAUUCAAUGUUACCCACCCCAAACCUGGAGACUGGUUCCUCGCCGCUCACCUGCCCAAGGACGAUGGCAAGAUAGAGCAGCAGGGAAUGCCGUCUUGCUCGUAUUUGUUUCAGCCGCAAAUGUUUGUAAGAAGAGCGGCUGACCUGACUGUCUUGACCGACAACAUACCUCUCCAUAAAACACUAACAGCAGCCAAAGCACCAGCUCUGUUUAAGGUUUUUGUCCCGGAGUUCACCACCAGACUGGAUAUUUUCAUCCAGAACAUCACUUUGCAGGGCACAUCCAUCACUUUAGGCUCCCACACUUUAAGGCCCGGUUCUGUGGUGACGGCGAACUGUUCAUGGUUUGAACCUUGCUCUGCGUCGCUCUCCACCCCUCCGUGGAACACCUGGGUUCUAGUUACCAUCGAAACCAGUACAGUUAACGCCACAAUGGAUUUCGACAUCUCCGCCAGUGUCACAGUGGGGUGCAAGCCUUUGAGCGUCUCCGAUAUCAACACCUCGGCUUUCAUCCGCACCAUCGGUUCUCCCCGAAGCAACAGCUCUUUUGACCUUGGCAAUGCAUCUGUUUCUGAGAGGGAUCUGCGUGUUAACAGCUCCGAGCCGGCGUGCAUGAGAAGCCCGUCUGUGCUCAGAGAUGAGCAGGAUGUGCUCUCACUCCGCUACGUAGUAUCCAGCAACAUGAACGUGACCUCUGACCUCCCGACCGUACUCGCUUUGGAUCUGGACUCUUCUGCUGAGAGCGGAGGCACAUUUGUUAUAGAGCUCCAAUUAAACACUAGUGCUCUGAUUGGUGGAUUCGGAAGUGUCAACGCAUGCCUCACACCUUCAGCUCCCGUAUUUAAUGUGAACGACACGUGUGCCACAGGGUUUGCGCAGGGAUUUUCCCUGAGUGUAAGCAAAAACGAAUCAUCUGCGCUGUUGAGGAUCCCAUUUCCAGAAGCAGCAAUGUGGUACCUCAGCCUGCAGACGCUCUGCAAUCACAGUGUUGACUGCACAAAUGCAUCAGGCUUAGUCAGCGUGUCUGCAAGCGUCAGUGCAUGCAUUGACGACUGUGGGCCGUACGGAGAAUGCAGACUGCUGCGCACAAACAGCUACCUUUUUGCUGCGUGUGUGUGCAAAACUGGUUGGCAGGGAUGGGGCUGUACGGAUGGAUCGGCCGCGCAGUCGUUUUCUCGUCAGAUGGCUGCGGCUCUGCUUCUCACCCUCAGUAACCUUUUCUUCAUUCCACCCAUCAUUGUGGCUCUCUAUAGAGGCUAUCACACAGAGGCUGCAGUCUACUUCUUCACUAUGUUCUUCUCCACGUUUUACCAUGCGUGUGACCAGCCCGGUGUGACCGUGAUGUGUAUCAUGGACUAUGACACUCUUCAGUUCUGUGAUUUCUUGGGUUCUGUUGUGUCAGUGUGGGUCACCAUAGUGUGCAUGGCGCGACUCCUUGACCCGGUCAAAUAUAUGUUGUUUAUGGGAGGCACUCUUGUCAUUUCUAUGGCAAUGCAGUUGGAUCGCAGGGGCCUGUGGAACCUUCUAGGCCCCGUCAUCUUUUCUUUGGUCAUUAUGGUCACUGCUUGGAUUUACCGAACUGUAAAACGUCACCACUGCUACCCUCCCACAUGGCGCCGUUGGGUCUUUUUCUUGCUGCCGGGCUUCGUAUCUGCCCUAAUCGGGGUGUGCGUGUACAUCUUUGCACAGACCGAUAGCAACUACUACUACACCCAUUCCAUAUGGCACGUGAUGGUAGCGACAAGCGUGGUCUUUCUCCUGCCGCCCCGCGAGAAACACAUCCCACCCUGGGGCUGGACGCACUCGAUCUGCGGGUAUAAGUUAUGUAAAAACGACAAAGAAGAGCUUUACUCUGUCACUGGAACAUAAUAUUUGCACAAACCUAAAAAGAUUGCAGGUUUUGCUUUAAGAAUCCAGUUUUAAGCUUUAACUAAAAUAUGGUCUUUCGUAAUAGCAGUAUGGCUGUAUUGCAGUUGUAACUGCUUAAACAUGAAACUUUACAGAUAGAUAUGGCCAAGCAAUAGUACUUUAAUAAAUAGGUUUAUUAAAAUUUUUGUAAACUACUUUAAGCAAUUAUUUGGUAAAAGAAAAAUCCAUUUGUAAGAGAAAGUGAGUACAUAAGCAUUUUUUUGUGGCCAAACACUAUUUUGUCUAUUUAUGUGUUUGUUUGUUUUUUGAGAAAAAACUACUGUUUUACACAUUCAUUUAGCACUUUCAUUAUUCAACAUUACUGCUUUGGACUGUUUUAACACUUGUCUAAGCUGGGGAACAGGUACCAUUGUUUCUAGUUUAUUUUAAGAGCCAAACUUGUUUCACAAGUUCAUUGUGAAAUCAACACAGGAAUGUUUAUUGUUUAAGUAAAUACCUUUCACAUUUUGUCUUGAUCAUAGACAUAACUUUCAAAUCUUCCUUGAAAUGUUGUUAUAAAUAAAAAACACUAUAUACAUGCCUUAAUAUUCAUAAAUUAGUAUGUAUGGCCUAUCUCAUGCUGACCUGAUGUAUUUACACUGGACGUCCGUAUUGGUCAUGGCUUUAUGUAGAAAUGGAUAUGCAGUACUUUUUAACAUCGGGCUGUUUU